CCUGUUCUGGACGAGUGGAGGUUCUUCUCGCCGGUCAGUGGGGAACAGUGUGUGAUGAUGGAUGGGAUGCAUCAGAUGCUGCAGUGGUGUGUAGACAACUGGGCUGUGGAACAGUUUUGGAAGUAAAGAAUGCGGCUUAUUUUGGAAAGGGUUCGGGAACAAUUUGGAUGAAUAACGUCAACUGUUUUGGGAAUGAGGCUACACUGUUGAGCUGUUCAUAUGAUGCAACUCCAGACAGAUGUGACCAUGAGAAAGAUGCUGGAGUCAUUUGUGGAGCUGUUAAAGUCCUGUUGAGGGUUGAAGUGAAGGCUACACUUGGAAUCAACCCAAACACUGCUGGAAUCAUAAAUAAACUUUCAGAUGAGAUUGGAAAGAAGCUACGAAUAAACGGGACGUUCUCACUGAAAACUCAGACCGAUGGAAAUAUCUUUCAUAAGAGAAUAGGAGCCGCACCCUGA